AUGGCUUCAAACCGCAUAAUCGUGUUUUCGGCAGUCGCUGCGGUCGUUGUCGGUCUGGGGAUUUGGCAUUGGCGAGAUGAAAUUGUGCCGACUUUACAGAAGAGCAACAAGUCCAAGUUCAAGCCUGGAAAGGAUGGACGUUACACCAUCUCGGCCAAGGGAAUCAAGGCCCAGUUCAUCCCCUACGGCGCAACACUUACCAACCUGUACGUCAAGGAUAAGCAGGGAAACGACGUCGACGUCGUUCUGGGAUACGAUGACGUUGAUUUCUACCCCCUCAUGCUCACCCAGCACACCUACUUCAACCUUGAGGCCUACCGCAACCCUUCCACCGACGAUAUCUGGUCCCACACGCUGCAUAUGCCCUACGCCAAGCGCUUCCUCCCGAUUGACUCCUUCGGCCUCCCCACCGGCGCCAUCGCUGCCGUGACCCCAGGCCACAUUAUGGAUUUUGCCUCUGAGCCUGACCUCCCCUUUGGCCGCGCCCGCGACACCCCCGAAUUUGCCACCAACGCCGGCACGGAGGGUUACAACCACUUCUGGCUGUUCGACGACGUCCCCUCGCCCGAGACGGUCGUCCUCACACUCGCGAGUCCCUGGAACGGCAUCAAGGCUGACCUGAGAACGGACCAGCGCGGCGUGCAGAUCUACUCUACGGGGUGGAGUGACGGAUCGGCUGGGCUGAAGAGCACGCAGGGAACAGACGAGGUGAAGACCAUGGGGCGCAGCUCGGCCGUGGCCAUUGAGCCGCACGACUUGGUGGACGGUGUCAACAACCCGCAAUGGGGACGCGCCGACGCGCAGAUUACCGGGCCGGGAGAGACGUACACGUGGGAGGCGUCGUGGGAAUUCGGUCUGCUAGACAUCCGUCAUGCCUUUGGAAAACCUUCGCUGCUGGAUGUCCACGCCCGAGGACUUGAAGUCUCCGGGAUGUGCCGUUUCGUCUCUUUGUCUUCUUCCGCAAUCUUUGAGCAGCAUGCCACUGCUGGGCGUGUUGAUAAACCCUUUGAAGACUGUUUUGGCUCCGGAAGUCCGAGCAUUUUGGUCGCAGGCUCUCGUAUCAGUUCUGGAGCCCAUCAUUUGCCCGAAGCCUCAAUGCUCGGACUCCCAGAGCCCGAUAGUCAGCUCAAGCUCGAGGCCGACCCCUCACGUUGA